AUGUUUGGUUUCCAUCUCAAACCAUUGAGAGGAAACCUCUCGCUGGAGACGACAUGGAAUGCCAGCUGGUCCGACUAUUUCGUUCAGAUCUUUCGGAGGUCGCUGGCGUUGGAUCAGAAGGUCAACGGCACCAGGAAGGAUCUUAGACGACUCGUCGAGUUGGCCAUAACACAUGUCGUGCCUCAGGUGUUGGGGCCGCUAGAAGCUGAUGGGCGACCAAUCAAACCGUCACUAAUUCACGAAGACCUAUGGGGCGGUAACAUCGGGACCGAUUCCAAGACCGGCGAAAUCUACAUUUUCGAUGCUAGCGCCCACUACGCCCACUACGAGAUGGAAAUCGCGAUAUGGAGGCCUCACCCACUCUCGGUUGUCGGGUCCGGUGCCUACGUGAGCGAGUAUCUAGCUCAGAUGGGCGCCAGCGAGCCUGUAGAGCAGUUCUACGAUCGCCAGAAGCUUUACAGCACGUGUACGGUGAUGCAUGCAGCGGCGUGCCACAACGGAGAUUGGUUCCGUGAAGAAAUCCGUGAAAACCCGAGGUACCUUCUAGAGAAAUAUGCGCCGGGUCUUGCGGUGGCCGGUACUUGUGAUGAUGCUUCAUGA